AUGCCGGUUGUUGACCCAUCAUCAUCAUCGAACAGGACCGCCGCUACCGACGAAGAUGGAGCGGAUCACAUCGGCUCUGACACACCACGGUCUGGCGUAGCCACCCCUCAACCCGACCUCCACGACAAACGUCUGCCGGGAAUCAUGAGCUACUUCAGCCAGGUUCGUCAAGACCCUUAUGCCGCCGACACCUCUGCUUGUGCCUCUUCUGUUCCUGUCAUCAUGAUGCCUGUCGGCUCUGGCUCUGGCUCUGGCUCCGGCUCCGGCUCCACAUCCUCAUCUUUGCAUCAAGAGCCAGAUUUGCACGCCAAGGUCCAGUUUCACUCUUCCACCACUUUGGAGAAGCAGCCGCAGAGCCUUUGCCAUAAUUCGUCGCGCUGCGCCCCAAGGACAUCAGGUUGUCGUCUCCCAAUGUCUUUGGAUAAGCACGCUUCUGAUUCAAGUCAUGUCGUACAACCAGCCAUGGCCUCACAUUCAUACCCUACUCCUCCUCCCUCACAGCCGUCAAGUUCCGAAACCUCUUCAUGUAAAGGCGCAGACUCCCCAGACGGAGACGCUAUCAAGACGGUUUCUAAUGGAACGUCAACAAUACAUGAAAGCUGCCACCGGACAAGCGCUCCCGCACUCCCAGUCUCAUCGAAGCCGGAGACGAUGGUGGGCGUAGGCGCUGAGCUUGUGCCCCCUGCCACGUCACAAACACCCCCCGUAUCGUCACCCUCCAAAACUCCCCCCAGGUUACCCCAAACUUCUGCCCCAAGCAAGUGGUUCUCGCUCGAGGGACUCAAAGAGCUAACUCGUGGUGUCAUCUUCAAGAGUGGUCCGCCGACUCCCACAAGAGCCCUGUCUGCUGCCCACUCUUCUCAGUCUGACGGCAGAGACACUCCAAGCAGAACGAGCAAUGAUGGAGCAGAAACGGCGAGCGGAACACAGACCCCACGCACCGCCGGCGUUCAACCUCCUGCACAAAAGGGCAAGCUGACUAUCAAAAUCGCCGAAGCACGCGGGCUGCGGAGGUGCCGGGAUCCCUAUGUUGUCGCAGUAUUUCAACGAAGCGAACUCAUCUCGGGUGGUCCACGGCCUAAUGAGGAGGAGGAGCCCCUUAGUGCCGCCCCGGCCGGGCUGGGUGGCAUUCCCAUACAACGGCAAGGUAGCGACUCAGGUCGCCCUCCAAUGGCCAUCCCCAUGAGAAGUCGUCAGAGCAGCAAUACCAGCAUCCACGACUACAAUACCUUCCGCAAUCGAACUACGCGUGCACCAUCAAGCAAUCCCAAAUGGGACGCCGAAGCAGUCUUCGACGUUGUGGAUACCGACAUGUUGGUCGAUGUUUCGGUCUACGAUCACACUGCUACCGGAGAGGAGUUUCUCGGCCACGUCGAUUUCCAGGCCGGUAAAGACGGCGAGGGUCCCGUGAGAGGAUGGUUCGCUUUACGCGGCCAUGCGGAUACAAUCGCGGAAAACGCACCGACUGGCGAGCUUUACGUGGAAGCCUUUUAUCAAAGUUCCGAGAAGAAACAUUUUGGACCUAAUGAUUUCGAAAUCCUGAAGCUCAUUGGCAAGGGCACUUUUGGACAGGUCUAUCAGGUACGAAAGCGAGAUACACAACGAAUUUAUGCCAUGAAGGUGCUUCAAAAGAAGGUAAUUGUCCAGAAAAAAGAGGUAGCUCAUACGGUUGGCGAACGCAAUAUUCUUGUUCGGACAGCUACCUCGGACUCGCCCUUCAUCGUUGGCCUCAAAUUCUCCUUUCAAACUCCCUCUGAACUGUACCUGGUUACCGAUUACAUGUCAGGAGGGGAGCUGUUCUGGCACUUGCAAAAAGAGGGUCGAUUUGACGAAAGGCGAGCCAAAUUUUACAUUGCCGAGUUGAUUUUAGCCAUUCAGCAUUUGCACAACAACGAUAUCGUAUAUCGUGAUCUCAAACCGGAAAAUAUCCUCCUCGACGCCAAUGGUCAUAUUGCCUUGUGCGACUUUGGGCUAUCCAAGGCUAACCUGACCAAGAAUGACACUACCAAUACAUUUUGCGGCACGACAGAAUAUCUCGCCCCCGAAGUUCUUUUAGACGAAUCUGGCUAUACCAAGAUGGUAGACUUCUGGUCUCUGGGCGUCUUGGUAUUUGAGAUGUGCUGCGGGUGGAGCCCUUUUUACGCAGAAGACACCCAACAAAUGUACAAGAACAUUGCUUUCGGCAAGGUUCGAUUCCCCCGCGAUACCCUGUCGCACGAAGGCCGAAAUUUUGUCAAGGGAUUGCUUAAUAGAAAUCCAAAGCACCGACUCGGCGCGACGGAUGAUGCCGAAGAGCUGAAGCGCCACCCGUUCUUUGCGGACAUUAGCUGGGACAUUCUCGCAAAGAAGCUCAUUACACCCCCUUUUAAACCAAAGUUGAAGUCUGAAACCGACGUCUCCUACUUUGACCCCGAGUUCACCACUGCCCUGGAACAGAACGGCUCUCUCAACGAGCGGGCCGCUGCACUCGCCCGUGGUUACGCCGCCUCUACACCCCUGUCUCCGUCUGUCCAGGCAAAUUUCCAAGGCUUCACCUUUGUCGACGAGAGUGCUCUGGACGACCACAUGAGGGAUCGAUUCCGAAACGACGACGAGGACAUGGAUGAUGCGCACGCACAGUACGACGAGGAUGAUUGGGACAAUCUGGAAGACAUUGAUCCCCGUAAAGCAAACCGCAUGAGCGGCAUUGUGAAGACGUCAACUGCAGACGAUCACAUGGUGGGUGGCGCUCACUUUGAAGUGUAA